AUGAAAUUUUUGGACGUGGGCGAGGCCAAGAAGCAGGUCUUGUUUUCACUGCCAACAACUCUUACCAAUGUGAUGUUUAACUUCAUCAUUUUGGUGUCUGUGAUGUUUGCUGGCCACCUUGGUCAGCUUCAACUAGCUGCUGCAAACCUAGCCAUUUCAUGGGCUAAUGCCACCGGCCUUGCUGUUGUGGUAAAUAAUACAAUAUCUCUUGAGACCCUUUGUGGGCAAGCCUUUGGUGCAAAGCAGUAUGGCAUGUUAGGCCAGUACCUGCAAGCCUCGUGCCUAAUAUCCUUGCUAGCUUCCUUGCUUAUUUCCUCACUUUGGUUCUUUUCGGAGCCAGUUUUGGUUUCGUUGCUACACCAAGACCCAGAGGCCUCAAAACUCUUGGCGGUCUUUGUGAAGUUGUUCAUUCCUGGGUUGGUUGCGAUUGGAAUCCUCCAAAACGUUCAGAGAUUUCUUCAAACUCAGUCUGCUGUUGUCGUCCCUUUCAUAUUCUCCUUCAUCAGCCUUGCCCUUCACAUAGGCCUCACCUAUUCUCUUGUCCACUUCACUCCUCUGGGCUUCAGAGCUGUUCCACUUGCAGCAUCCAUCUCCCUCUGCUUCUCUCUUCUUAUGUUCGCCGUCUACGUUCUUCGUUCAAAGAAAUUUGAGUCUACAUGGGAAGGUUUCUCCUUGGCAUCACUCAGUCAUGUCCCUGCUGUUUUGAGGCUUGGCCUCCCUGGUGCAGCAGUGGAAUGCUUAGAAGAGUGGACCUUUGAGAUUCUAGUGUUCAUGGCAGGAGCAUUUCCACAUCCAACACAGAGCACAUCCCUACUUGGGAUGUGUGUCAACGUGGAGUUAAUUGCUUAUAUGGUGUCAUACGGCCUCAGUGCUGCUGUCAGCGCGAGAGUUUCAAACGAACUGGGAGCAGGCAAUCCAGAGAAAGCCAAGAGGGCCAUGACUCUGGCUCUUAAGCUCUCUGGCUUUGUUGCUUUCGUUCUUGGUCUGGCACUGGAAAUUGGCCACAAUUUCUGGGCUGGCUUAUUCAGUGGCAACCCAGAAAUAGUAAAAGAAUUUGCAUCCAUGACACCUUUCGUUGCGGUUUCGGUGAUCGUUGAACCUCUACAAGGUGUUGUUCUAGGUGUGGUCACAGGAUGCGGGUGGCAAAAGUUGGCCUGCUAUGUUAAUCUGGCCACAUAUCUGGUUGGCGUGGCUAUUUCCGGCCUUCUUGGGUUCAAGACCAAGCUACAUGCUAAAGGGUUGUGGAUUGGACUAAUUUGUGGCAUCACUUGUCAAACCAGCAUAAUUUUGCUCAACGUAUUGCUCAAGAAUUUGGGCCCUCGAUCCGAUAGUACCUGAUCUGAUACCCAAUAGACAAUCUUUUCUGUUCCAACAAAUAAGAAAAACAGAUCUUUGUUAAGGUUUUGCUUAGACUUGAGUCCAUAAAUCAGAUCUCUAUUUCGGUACAACGAGAAGGAGCUCCAUCGACGUGCUUCGCAUGCAUGCAUGGUGCGUGUGCACGUUUGAAGAGAGAGACAAAAUAAAAUGAGAACUGCUAUACAUUGUGGCUACUCAAAAUCUACAGGGCAGUCCACACACAACAUCAAUCUCAAAAAGCCCCUAAUUCAAACCGGCCCAACCCUCAGUACAACAAAGUACACAAAACAAACAAUGAAAAAACGGGUAACAUAAAUUCUAGCUCACCACCACGACGGCCUGCAUCAAAACAUUGCUUUACAAUGUUAGACAUUUCACCUAGGAUGGAAAAAGUACUAAAGAAAGGGCAAAAAAGAAAUGCGAAUUCCGGAACUGCUAAUGCAUUAGAAAAUAAAAGAUUGUGAAGAAACAACACAGGACUAAUGCCAGCUUGAACAACACUAUUUUCUUGAAACUCAAAGCUGUAGUCUGUACAUUAAAUGAAAAAUGAUAAAUUUGAAUUCUAGUAU